AUGGAGAUUGAAGAAGCGCAAGAUGUUGUGACUGUCUUUUUGCGGGAAUUAUUGGGUGGAAAAGAAUAUAUCAAGACUGAAGCUACACGGCUACAGAUUCGACGACCAUCACGUCUCAAGACACUCUUUACCAAUAUUAUUGGUGUAGUGGAAGAGAACGAGCAGAUACGAGCCUUAGAAGCACUCAUUAGUCUCGUACGAAGCAGCUGUGGCAAUGUCGAAGCCUGUUCUACUUCUGGUCUUCAACGUAAAAUCCUCGGCUUUCUGAGUGAACGAGGCCUGUUUGCAGACCCAAGUUUACCUCAUACAGUGCUUAAGAAACUACUUAAAGUGUUUCUCUACUUGGCUUACCAUUCAGUAAGUAUUGAUGAUAUACAAGCCAUGCUUGCAGUGUUCCGCAGCAAGCGGAUGGUACAUGAAGAGCCAAACGAUCAGGCAGUGAGCUACUAUUUGUCGACACUCGAGAUGAUCGCCCGUGAUUCAUUUGGUCCGGCAUCCUUUUUUGAUCUAAACGGUGAGUUCUCUGGGCUUUUGAUGCCGGUGCUACCGGCUUUUCCAAACAAUGGAUACACUUUUUGUACGUGGAUCAAGUUUGAGCUUUUGCCUGAAGACGUGGCGCCGCUGUUUACUUUUUGUGGCAAAACGGGAGUGGGUAUCAUGUGCUCGUUCUUGCGCUCGUCAUUGAUGAUUACGAGUUUUGAUAAACGAAAAAAUGACGGACACGUGGAAGUGCCUGAUCUUGUUACGCCUGGAAGAUGGCAUUUUUUGUGUAUCACGCACACACAUCGACAAUUCCGUGGAUCGAAGCUGGAUGUGUAUCUUAACUCGGAAUUGCGCCAGAGUGUGCGGCUGGCAUACCCGAAUACAGUCCUUAUGGCUCCUGUUGUGAAGGCAUAUCUGGCUAUGCGCGAAAGCAACGGUUCCAACUCUCUACGAAUCCUACUCGGACCUACGGCACUCUUUGGACAGGCUUUGCCAGCCAGCAUCAUCAAUAGUAUCCGCAGUGUUGAUGAGUACGAUGCGCUAGUAUUUCAGUUCAAUUCGUACAUCUCGUCGUCGUCCACGUCAUCGAGUGCUGGUGUCAAUGGGUCUUCCGGGGCGUCCGGAGGAUCGACCGCUGCUGGGAGCUCAACUGACGGAUUGCUGCUCGCCUAUGAUGCUCGGCACUGCGACCGACUAAAAGGUUUGUGUUAUGAUUCCAGCGGCAAUGACUAUCAUGCAGCUGCUGCUAGUGCAGGAGUCCGACUGAGGCAUGCUGGAACGUUUAAGCAAGCGGUGGCACAGUUAGGUGGCCCACUUGUCUGUCUCCCGUUGCUAGUGACAUCUACUACUGCGGCUAUUUCCACUGUAAAUGUCACAGUAUCUGAUCUGCACGGAAACGACACGUCAGAGUGCAGCUCGUUUUCAGCUGCUGGAAACACUCUAAGAGGAUCAAGUGGUGCGUUGACGACACAGUUCGACGAGGAUUCAGACUUUCUCAAACAAAUGAGUGACCUGAUUGCGCGUCCAAUGGGUGUGCACAGUAUUCCCACGGUUGUAUUGCUAAUCGCUGAGAUUAUGCGCCAUUCACUGGUCAACAAAUUUAUCUUUCGACGCAGCCAAGGUGUGCGCCUUAUGGCAUUGCUGAUGCGCUCAUUGCCACCGGAGUACUUGACGCUAGAUCUUUUGAUUGCAGUCGAGCGGUUGCGCAACGCAGUGAUUUCGGACCGAAUUCUGGCGGAUGAGAUAUAUAAAUCUUUGCUGUUCAAUUUCCGGGUUUGGGUGAACGCACCCGUAGAUCUUCAAGACAUUAUGUUUGACAAGCUGGAAAUUAUGACCCGUAAGGACAGUUCCCACUACAACGACACUCCGGCGCGCUCGGAAAUUUUCACCAGAGGAGAUUGGUCUGUUACGGAAGCGUGUUUUGGCAAUGAUCCAGAUCGUAUUAUGCGAAUCCCCCCUGCGAAGGUGGCAGGAUCAGUGAUGCCGUUUCCUGGGAAAGGCAAGGAGGUGAAGUCUCAGCUGUCUUAUGAAAGCACACGCUCUCUUAUUUUCUGCAUGAUUGGCAAGCCUAGCAACCCUAUGAUUUCUGGAACGAACAUUGAUGGAACACCGACCCUUCAUGAGAUAGGGUCGUCAAAUGAUUCAUCGUCGUCGGCAACCGUCUCGUCUUCGUCAAGCGCAAAGAGCAUGCAUGAGAGUGAUCUCGAUGGUAAUGGAUCAGUCAUAGAAAAUGUGCCAGAAACAGAUUUGCCCGACUUGCUGCAUCUUUUGAUUAAGCUAUCGGUACAGCCUACAGCUCCUGCAGGAAUGUUGGACCUCUUUGGCCGCCUGGGGGGUCUUCGUAUCUGGCUGCCAUUGCUGGGAUUUUCGAGUGAUGUUAUUCGCGUGAUGACCCUGCGAUUGCUGCGAACGUUCUUGUUCUUGAAAUGUGAGUGUAGCCAAGAUAGGGAAUUGGCUAACAGCCCGGAUAAAAUCCAGCUUUCUGUCGGGGAUGCAUACUUGAUCAUGCAUUCACUGAAACCUGAAGAGAGACCGGUCUCCAUUGGGGUAUACUCUGAAAUUCUGCUUAUGGUUUUAGGAAUUCAAGUGACGGAAAAAGACGUGAAUGCGUUAGAUGGGAAAACGGCAGCAUAUGAUGCUCUUGUCGAUGAGAAUGUGCUAGCCACCGCGACAAUUUGGCACGAUAACAUGAUGUCUGCCUUUUUGGGACUCUUGCGUGCUAGCUCUGUCACUAUUCGCAUGGUUGCCAUCCGUCACCUAAAGAUUAUAUUUGCGUCGUCCACCGUUGCCAGCGCGAUUAAUCGCCAUGUCCUGAUCUUUGGAAGUAUAUCGAACAUGGGUGGAACUGCUACUGAAUCAUCGACAACAGAGCAGAUACCCAUUAUUGAGGCUAUACUUAGUCUCCGUGGAGACCCGGAGUGCCAACACGAAACUUCACCAUCGCCCCCGGCAUCGCUGUUCGGCAUUCAGCUGCAUGGAUGCCCCGGUGUCACAAGGAGUCGGCUAAGAGAUCUGGUACUAAACACACAUGAACCCGAUGAGGUUCGUGUAAAUGCACUGUACUCCAUCAUCACGCAGGAUGACGUUGAUUUUGUGCGCGGCUUGUUGGCAUUGCACGGGGAUGGCGACCGCAAGAAGCAAGGUGUAAGUGCAAGCUGCUUCAACGAUAUGUCACGUCGCAUGAAAUUAGCACUUGUGGAAUUGAUGUCCGUAUUCCAGCCUAGUGGAUGCGUGGAUUUCAUCACUCUUAUGUCGUACGACGUUAUUUCAUCCAUGAUCUGCCUGGAAGUGAAAACGAACGAAAUAGCGUGGUUCUUGCUCCAGGACCCGUUUACUACUCUAUCGCGUUUCAUCGCCUCCACUGAAGAGUUGGAGGUAGUUGUGGUGUCACUACUUAAGACCACAUUAGACAAAAUGAACGAAAUGCUCUCAGCGGAAAUGAAUCUGCGCAUUAACGAAGGCACUCCAUCACGCGAGUCUAUCUUGUGGCACAAUGCCGAAAGUUUAGCAUCCCUGGCGGCUGCUGUAGUCCUUCACUACGAUCCGGAUACGCUAGGUGACGUUGACCCAAGCACAUUGGCGAGUUCAGAAAGUGAAGACACGACCAAAUGCUUGGUCUUUUGGAAGUGUGAGCGCGCUAUUUGGCACGAGGCUGAGCUUGUGGACUCAAUUCUGGGUAUCUGGCAGCACUUUGCAUCUCAUUUUCACUCAAAUUCAGAUGCCAGUUUUGCGCGACGAUCCAGCAAUGCCCUUAGCCGCCGUGGCAGUACGUCAUUACGCUCGAUGGAGAGUAGUUUGAAUAGCCCUCCACCCUUGUGCUCCUCUGCGCGUUCUAAUGCUGGUGCAAGUAUGCUUGGGUUUGGUUUCAACCUGCUGCCUACUGGUGGCACUGCAAGCACGCCGGUAGCAAAUUCCUCACUAGCACCGUCAUCAGGAGGGGGCAACAUUUCUGCACGGCCUCACCCUGGUGGCCCGAUGCGCCAGAUUCUGCAAUUGCUGCUGCGAUGUUUGUACCUUGUACUAAUAUCCGAUGAUUGUGCAAAUUCGGCUUGCAGCGAAGGCGAUGGAAAUGAUAAUUUCACAUCGGCGAAGCUGCGGCUUCCAGCCAACUCGGUGUUUUUCGCACGCAUUAACAAACUGGAAUAUUUCAUCAACGCUAUGGGCCUUGGCCACGAAAUUGCGCAGUUUGACUCGAGCUUUGCGCCUUCUCGCUCAGGAUCCAACGGUUUGACAACAACGGCUGGAUUAGUCACAUCAUCUGAAUGCGUGAAGUCAACCCCUGGUGACGAAACGACUUUGCUUCUCUGGCUCAUCCCUGAGCUCGCAUUGCUAAUUGACCGAGUUCGGCAAAAGUGCUGGUCCGAGUCGGCAGUCAAGUUAGCAAGCAUUCUUGCUUCUUUGGUGUCCGUGCCUCUGCGCUCGUCCGAUCAAUUAGCUGAGCUGCUUGCUCGAAAUGACUUUAUCGCAAACAAUCAAGAAGUUCGUCGUCGUGAUUGCUUUUACCAUGAACAGAUGGCACACGCACGCGAUAUUCGCGCAAUGCGUCGGGUUGGCAUGUUUGACGAGGAAGCCGAUGAAAAGAACCGUGCCAAGACCGAGCUCAAGCGAAUUAGCAAAUUUACUCGCUCUGCGACUUCGCUGGGUGGGUCUUCUAGCGACGGUGAGGAUUUUGUUUGGUUGGAGCGCGUGAAGGCGAAGGACAUUGACGAUUGGAUGAAACUUCGAGUGUUGGCCAAAUGGGGCGUUCGUCACGUCUGGGGAGUAAAAGAUGAGGUUAUUGUAAAUACCGUGGACGACGGUACCAUCAUUGGGCUCUGGGGCGACAACGAAUUCUGGCGUGUGGAUAACUACACGUCUAGCAAUUGGAUCCGUUGUCGCUUGCUUCCAGACACGGACGAUGCUACUUCUCGCAAGUACAGUGCAAAGCUUUCUGCGUCUAGUCUGAAGCAUGAAAUAAUAAACAACAUAGCAGACGAAUUGACCAUGCCAGCAGUGGACUCUAUAGUCGUGGGUGGCUCGGCUCUUACAGCACCGGGUGAUUCGACGGAUCAAACGUUUGAGGAGGAAGACGAAGACGACGAGAACCGCACUGUUAGCAGUGGUGGUGAUGGAGAUGGAUCGGAUUCUGCUGAGGUUGAAGAUCCGGGGUAUGAUGGAUUGGCACUCCGCCUUAGCAGCGUGGGAUAUCUGGAUGAUGACAAUAGUUCGGCUCAACUAGAUGCUAGUGACAGCGAUAGUGACCAAACGCGCUCGAUGCUGCGAGAUCGCAUGCAGAGUGGUGAUAGCGCUGGAGAAGUUUUAGAUUCCUCGCUACGCCUAGAUACUGUCAUCGGCCAAAACCCAGACCUUGCGCUGCUGGUACCACCGCCGGUAGAUAGCGAUAAUACCGUCAAUAUGGAUACGGACGACACUCCCAUUCGAGAUCGCCGUGCUGUCUCCGUGGAUGUGGCUACUACUGUCAAGUCUGCGAAGGGCCGCAUUGGAACGAUAUCAACGCGGUUUUCUUCUGGUAUUAAGCGCUUGGCAGGUGCACGUCCGCCCUCUUUGUCGGGUUCCGAGAAUUCAGGACUUCAUCAAAGCCUCUCAAAUGUUUCAAACGAAAGCAGCGAUGUGCACGAUCCCAUGGAUCUAACAUCCCCGAGCGCAGCAGUAGAGGACAGCAUUGCUCCACUAAGCAAGGAAUCUGUGAAGCCUUCUAGCCCAACAGAACUAAGCACAUCUGGCCCUGCAUCGUCGUCACGGAUUAUGAAGAAGUUUUCAAGUAAGCACGACCACUGGAAAACAUUAGGAGCACCAUUUCGCACUAAGGCGUAUCUUGUCCUACCGUCAGGGUUGUUGGUGCGUGGUGUUUUACGUAUUGGCGCUGCGACUAUUGUCUUUGAGGGCGAGCGUGUGGUGACUCUGCGUUGCAUCGCUGACGCGUUUAAAUCAAACGAGGACGGAGGUGUUGCUGCACGACAGCGCAGCGCUCAACGACUUCACGAAACAUACGUGUCACAACUGAAACGCCGUGUGUGGGGUGUCCGUGUAAUCCGUGUAAUCCAUCGGCGGCGAUUCCUCAUGGAGGGUCAGAACGGCCUUGAGAUUUACUUUGUGGACGGAAGCUCGUGUUUCUUCGGACUUGAAAGCUAUGGAGAAGCUGAUCUUGUGUAUGCCAUUUUAAAAGAGCGCAAACCUCCAUGUCUCGCAAAGUGGGGCAAGAGAUUUUUGGCAGCUGAUCGAAUGUUUUCGAAGAGCAAGUGGACAGAGAUUUGGGUUCGGCGUGAGAUCAGCAACUUUGAAUACUUAAUGGCACUGAACGUUUCAGCAGGUCGUUCUUAUAAUGAUGCCUCACAGUAUCCUAUCUUCCCGUGGAUAAUCAAAGAUUACGAAUCUGCGGAGCUACAUUUGGACAAUGAAGACAUUUAUCGUGACUUGCGCCGGCCGAUUGGUGCUCAAACCCCUGAGGCUAUUCAUCGUGCACGAGCAACGUACGAGAAUUGGGAUCCAAAGACGCCCAUCCCAGCGUUCCACUACGCAAAUACGUACUCACACAUGCAGUCUGUGCUGUACUUCUUGAUCCGACUUGCCCCUUUUACUGGAGCUGUUUUAGGCAGCGAGGAGCAGCAGUUCCAUCGCAGGGCUGUUGGAGAACCUACGUUUGAUUCAGUGCCUGAUGCCUUUCGAAUGUGUACAAGCGAUCAUCGUCACAUGUUUGAGCUCACACCAGAGUUUUUCUACCUACCAGAGCUGUUUUCAAGUGCUCGAAAUAAAACGUUAGCUUGCCACUUUGCCCCAGGACAGGACAUUAGUGCGACGGCGGGUCUCGCGCGGAAUGUGGCACUGCCACCUUGGGCUACGUCUCCGUAUGAUUUCGUGCGACUUCACCGUCUAGCACUGGAGAGCGAUUUCGUUUCCAGCAACCUCCACCACUGGAUCGAUCUUAUAUUCGGGUAUAAACAGACCGGUCUGGCCGCCGUCGAUGGCUUGAACUCAUACCACAUUGCUUGCUACCCGGAGCGUUUGGAUCUCAGUACCUCGAGCGAUGGUGUACGUGCGAAGCUCGUUCAGCGUGGCACUGUGCCAAUCCAGCUUUUCCGUAAGCCUCACCCCGCUCGAAUGACUCAAGAUGAGUCACUAGAGGCACGAUACCCAGCCUCACAUAGCAUGGCCGUGCUGUCUUCGCGUCGACAGGUGCGCCGUCACGAUCUUCCGUCCAAACACACCACUGCUGUGAAAAGCGUGCGCUUUUCGAAUGCACUGAAUCAUGCAGUGGCACUCACCGCACUUACUGGGUCCGGUCCCGGUCUUGGAAGUGGUACCGGCAUGGGAGCCCAUACCACUGGCAGCAACGACCACGGAGUUGUUGUGUAUACGACGGAUAGUGACGGUGUUGUCUUGGCAAAACGUUACUUAAACUCGGUGCCAGAUACGGUGCGCUCGUGCCCAUUCUCGAUGGUGGAUGUGGACCAAUGGUGGAAGCUUCCUGCGGGUUGUCUUGUGAACGAAGGAGUAGUGUUUUACGAGCAAAUGAUCAGUUGUGGUUACUGGGAUGGCAGUUGGCGUAUUCACUGGGCAGCUGAUGGCGAGCUCUUACAACGAAUCGCCUUCCACAAAAAGCCUAUUCUGUGUAUGGCUCGAAGCGAGGACGACUUUACUGGCGAUUUGGCGUUGGCUUUUGGCAGUGAAGAUUGCACUGUUUCGGUUUGGGCGUUGUCAAAACUCUCAGCGUCUCGCUCACGACGGCUUUUCCUUAAAAACGAGCUACCUGUGGGUGGUUUGCCUUGGGUUUUGCUGGUGGGCCACACGAGUCCAGUAGUUGCUGUGGCGCUUAAUGUGGACCUAGAUGUGGUGGUUAGUGCCUCCAAGGACAACAUGCUUUUGUUACAUUCGCUACGCGGAUCGACACCGCUAAAUGCUUUGGCGCUCACGCCUGGACUAAUGGAGACGUCUGCUGUCGCUCACAUGGUCAUUUCGGCCCAGGGCGACACGCUGGUUCACUCCAUUACAACUCAUAAGACUCAGCGGAGUGGGCGUUACUCGCGUGCAAAUUCGCUUUUUUCUGAUGACAAGGCUAGACUUACGGUCGGUGAAGGAAGCGGCAAUAGUAGCAUGGUGGCAGGCGGUUUGUCCAGCAGCGGAUAUGUCGCCACAAGUGAUCAGCAACCGCAUGACGGCUCAGAAAAGCAAUCUGAACUCUAUGUCGUGUCCAUCAAUGGUCACGUGGUUUCUCAUGAUAAACUCAUAAUUCGAGGUGAAGGCGAGAAGAUUAAUGAGAAUGGCAAGCCUCCGAUCCCACAUCUGCUGCUAGAUCGCGGUGUAUUAUUCACACGCUCAGGCGAGUAUUUGAUCACGGCGUGUGCUGGUGCUGAAGCAGCAAUUGAAGUACGUGAUGCCGGUUUGCCGGGGUCUGUGGUCCGACGUAUCGAAUGCAAGCGCCCAGGAGCUGAGCUAACGAGUUUGAGCAUGGGACAAGAUGAGCGUUGUAUCGUUUGUGGCUAUGCCGAUGGAGCGGUGGUAGCCUACGCUCUUCAUUUUGGUGUUGCUGAUGGCUGCAAGAGUCUCGUUGGACUAGAUAGGCAGGCACGGGAACGCGAGCGUGCUGCCCUUGCACAGGCUACUAAGCGCGAUUUGCUGCGUAACAAGAAACGGGAGGAUCUCCUACCUGCCUUUAUGCGCGGUAAUAGUGGUGCAGAAGGAACCACUCUUUGGCUACGGCAGGGAAAGACUGCAAUGCCCGAAGAGCCGUUCAUUACCCACAUGCAGGAGCGGUUUGCACUGCUGAAGCAGAAUUGCGUCGGUGGAGAUGAAAAGUACGAAGCAAUGCUUCGUACAUUAUGGAACGCAAUUUAUUCGCAGCAACCAUUCCAAAAAGAGAACGAGUCGUCCACUUCUGGGCAACCUCACUUUAUUGCAGAGGGCAAGCUGUUAGACUUGAGCGACAAUAACUCGACUGACGGUGAUGCUGUAGCUUCUGAACCGGCUAAAAAAGAGCUGCAAUUUGAACGAGUUGGCGAAUCAUGGAGUCGAUUGGGUUUUCAGCGUCCGGAUCCGACAACGGAUUUCCGUGCCGGUGGCAUGCUGAGCUUGGAUUGUUUGGUGUACUUCGCAUCACAUUACACCUCGGAAGCUGUGCGCAUGGUGACUAGCCAGGUGCCUGGGUCACACGACCACACGUACCCGUGGGGUCCAGCAGGUAUCAAUGUGACGUGUAUGGUGGCACGGCUUUUCUGGAAGUUUGAUGGUGAACUCGUUCGCGCACAACAAAGUAACUGGUCACUGUUUUACGAUAAUGAGGCCUUUCAUGUGCUCUUUUCGGAAGUAUUCGUGCUUUUCGACUACCUCUGGAACGAUAUGAACGCCAAUUACGGCAAUUUUUCCGUGGUGAUUCAAGCAACAAACGAUCGAGUCAUGGACGUGCUGGAAGAGGCUCACGGCGAUAUUAACGUGUUGCUGAUGGAGCUACGCUCGCAAAGUGUGCCUACAACGACAGAAAAGCAACGGCGGACAUCUACAUGUUCGCGCUCCAUGGAAAAUUUCCUGACAACUAUUAACACGAGUAUUACGGAUGCCUCAGCUACCAUAAAUGAGGGUCUCACCUCCUCAGAUGGCUCAAGCUUCCCGCCAUCUACGCCUCCUAACAAGUCGCCACGGUCUUCGUGGUCAUUCACUGCGCAGGUCUCACAAUCUGUCAAUCGGUUGAGUCUGGGUGCCAUCGGCUCUUCAGGUUCAUCUGCGCCAGCCCCUGCAACAGAGCAAGUUCUCCUUCCUGGCUUUGAGGACAGUGGUUCACCAAAGCCGACACCAAUUGCUUCAACAGAUGCAUUGGUGCCUGAUGUGAACGACCCCUUCGCUGGCAACGACAUUUGUGGAUUUGAAAAGAAACCACCUUUGCCGCCCCAAGUGGAAAGCGAAGACCCUUUUGCGUGCUUGCUGUGA